AUGGAGGUUGGAAACCACACCAUGGUGACAGAGUUCAUCAUUUUGGGGUUAACACAAGAUCCUACACUUUCUGUCAUCUUGUUUGUGCUAUUUCUAGGAAUCUAUGUUGUCACCUUAUUAGGCAAUAUCAGCAUAAUCAUUUUAAUAAGAAGCUGUUCCCAACUUCACACCCCCAUGUACCUCUUCCUCAGCCAUUUGGCUUUUGUGGACAUGGGUUAUUCUACAUCAGUCACACCUAUAAUGCUUAUUGGAUUCCUUGGACAUGGAACAAUCCUCCUUGUCCCUGUCUGUGAAACACAGCUCUAUUCUGUGGUCAUGUUUGGGACAGCCGAGUGCUUCCUGCUGGCUGCCAUGGCCUAUGAUCGCUAUGUGGCCAUCUGCUCACCCCUGUUCUACUCCACCCACAUGUCCCCCAGAAUCUGCAUCCUUUUAGUGGGAGUUUCCUUUCUGGGUGGGUGUAUAAAUGCUUGGACAUUUACUAGCUGUUUAUUGAGUCUGUCCUUCUGUGGACCAAAUCAUAUAGAUCACUUUUUCUGUGAUUUCUCCCCUUUGUUGAAACUUUCUUGUUCAGAUAUCUCUAUCAUUCAAAUUAUCCCUUCCAUCUCUUCUGGAUCCAUCAUUGUGGUCACCGUGUUUGUCAUAGCUCUCUCUUACAUCUACAUCCUCAUCACAAUCCUGAAGAUGCACUCCACUGAAGGGAGGCAUAAGGCCUUCUCCACUUGUACCUCCCACCUCACUGCAGUUACUCUCUACUAUGGAACUAUUACAUUCAUUUAUGUGAUGCCCAAGUCCAGCUACUCAACUGAGCAGAACAAGGUGGUGUCUGUGUUUUAUACAGUGGUGAUCCCCAUGUUGAACCCUCUUAUCUACAGUCUGAGGAACAGAGAUGUAAAAGAAGCCCUGAGAAAGACAGCUGUCAGAAUAUAUUCUUAA